UCUACAUACAAAGGGUUUGGCGUUCCAAAAUCCAAUAAGAUUCACAAGGAUAAGGAUUCGAGGAAUGGGUAUGUGAUAUGUUUACAUUGCCCUUCAGAUUUUUACAGAUUGACACUUUUUUUUGCACAUUUCCACUCACCGUUAUAAACAAACGGCCGUUACUGACAUAUUGUCAGUAAGACAGUCUACUACGUUGCACGGUUGCACCAUUGGCAGAGAAUGCGCCACGUAGGAUCGUAUAGUUUUGCUCCGGGGGAGUCCAGCCUUUAUAUACAGCAAUUCGAUCAAUUUGCGGCAAACGAAUGCUACCCAGAUUCAGUACAUUACUUUCUGCCAUAUCUACUGGAACAAAGCUAGCACCAGUUCUACUUGUGGUUCAGUUCAACAAGCUUCAAGUUAACCAUGGAUAACCCAGAAAUAACUUUGCAAGAGAUAGUUCAGAGUUCAGUGUCAAAUUCAGAACCAACUAAAGGAAAAUUUGUCGUGAAAGAUGGGCACGAGACAAGUAAAAGAUGGUCAGGACUAGGGACUUCAAAGAUUGCAGUAGGAAAAAUGGUACUCAAGGAAAUUCUUGAUCCUGAGGGACCAAUCCUUGAAAAGUGGAAUCUGAUAUUUGUAUUAUCAUGUCUCUUUGCUGUGUUACUGGAUCCUUUGUUCCUCUACACUCCUCUAAUCAACCAAGACAUGAAGUGCAUUGGACUAGACAAAAAGUUGAAGAUAGCAGCUGUGGUUUUUCGAUCGAUCACAGAUUUCGUUUAUAUAGUGAAAAUCAUUUUUCAUGUUUAUAAACUAGAAAAAGUAACAGUUAUGGCUCUAUGGCAGUCAUCCAUCCUAGUUGACGUUUUAGCUGUUCUCCCUAUUCCACAAGUAGUAAUUCUCAAUUUCUUUAGGGGCUCGAGAUCUUUGGAAGCAAUGAAGUUUAUGAACUUUCUAGUUCUCGUCCAAUACGUUCCACGAGUUCUGCGCAUCUAUCUCGCAUGUAAGGAGUUCAAAAAUUCUCCAAAAGGAAAGUUUGGAUUAUGGAUAAAAGGUGGACUCAAUUUCUUUAUGUACACUCUUGCUAGUCAUAUAUUUGGAGCCUUUUGGUACUUUUUCUCUAUUCAACGAAUGUUGACAUGCUGGCGAUAUGCUUGUCGAAGUGAAGAUGGAUGUAAACCUAGUACUUUUGACUGUCAUGAUCAUCGUAGCAACAGAUAUAUCAGAUUGCUAAAUGAUAAAUGUCCUACAAAUCCAUCGGAUUCAACGCUCUUUGAUUUUGGCAUAUUUCUCGAUGCUCUUCAAUCAAGUAUAGUUGGAUCAAAAAAUUAUUCACAAAAGUUGUCGAAAUGUUUUUGGUGGGGUCUACGAAAUCUGAGUUCUCUCGGUUCAAACCUCCAACCUAGUAUCAAUACAUGGGAGACCCUCUUCGCGACAUUUACUUCUAUUACUGGCUUGCUACUGUUUUUAUACCUAAUUGGAAAUCUACAGAUGUAUAUGCAGGUGGAAUCAGCAAGUAAAGAGCAACUACGAUGGAAGACAGAACUUGAAAAUAUGAUGAGAACUGAAAGAAAGAUGAGAAUUGAACGGAGCAAGGGUCUGGAGGUAGAACAAUGGCUAGCCAAAAAUGGUCUCCCUAUGCGUUUAAUGCCCGAGAUCAUGGAAAAGGUAGUACAAGUGGAUUUAGAACAAAACAGGGAUGUUGAUGUGGAGAAUAUCCUUUCGAUUCUUCCCUUGCAACUUCAAAGGGAUAUUUUAGUUUAUAAGGAGAAGUUGGAAGAGGAAGGUCGAAAGAUAGAGUUGUGGUUAUCUGAAAAUCGCCUCCCAAUGCGUUUAAAGUCGGAGAUCAUGGAAAAGGUGGUGCAACAAAAACGUGACGAAAAUAGGGAUGUUCAUGUGGAUAAUUUCCUAUCUAUUCUACCAGAGGAACGUCGGAGCUAUAUCGAAAGUUACAAACGGAAAUUGCAAGAGAAAGACUUAGAAGUUGGCUCGUGGUUAUCUAAAAAUGGCAUCCCCGUGGAUACAAAGUCACAGAUCAUGGAGAAGGUUCAAGUAGAACUUGAAGAAAACAGGGAUGUGGAAGUGAAGAAUAUCCUCUCCAUUCUUCCUUCAGAUCUCCAAAGACGUCUUGAAUGGUAUAUGCCUUUGAGUAGGCUGAAGCGGGUGACAUUGCUUGAAAGAAUGGAUGAAAGAGUGUUGAAAGCGAUUUGUGAGAAUCUUCAGCCUAUAGAGUUUCCAGCCAAACUCGUCAUUAUGCAAGAGGAUCAACCAAUUGAAGAUCUGUUCUUCAUUGUAGUCGGAUCUGUACGACGGCAUUCGAGAAAUAGGCCGAUGUUCCAGGAAUACGAAACUGAAUUAUGCGGAGAAGAACUUCUGGUUUGGCCAUUAACAACCUCCUUUCCUGCCGUAUUACCCAGAGCAACCAAGACCGUUAUGGUGGGUGAAGGUUUUAGUGCCCUUCUCCUUACGGCCAGUGAUAUAAAGAGUGUCGGCUCUAAAUUCAGACCACAGUGGGAUCUCAUUACUUCUUACUGGUUGACUAUGCUAAAGAAAGUGCCAAAGCUUCAAUAUAUGGAUGAAGAAGUUUUGAAAGAAUUCUUACCGCAUCUUAACAAGCAGGAUCAAUUUGCAGCUAGAUCCUCCUAUGGUAUUCAGGAGAAUGUACCACUUAAAUCCAUGUACUUCAUCACAGAGGGAUCUCUAAAAUUUACAAAAAGUGAUAACGGUGAUGAGGAGUUUUUUCGUUCUGCAGGGGAAUUCUAUGGAGAAGAACUCCUAGAUUGGGUAUUAGAUACGUCCUUUCCUGCCAUAACCCCCAUUUCCACCCAUUCUGCUCUUUGUAGCGAUCACAAUGAAGCUACUGUGUUGGCUAUCACCGCCGAGGACUUAAAGAGUGUAGCUUCUAAAUUCAGCUCGCACUUCAGCACCCUUCAAACGGAUUCUCAAUUUGAUCUUUCAACUUUUGUCAACUUGACUAGGCUAAAGAAAGUGCCAAAACUUCAAACUAUGGACGAAGAAGUUUUGAAAGCAAUCUCUGAGCAUCUUAUAACCAAGGUGUUUAAUUAUCUGAAGAUCAUUGAAGAGGGAAAACCACUUCAUAUGAUGUUAUUCAUUGUGAAGGGAAAUGCAUACCUAGAGAAGAAACAUAGCACAGAUACAGUGAUGCUAAAGCCUGGACAAUUCUAUGGAGAAGAACUGCUAGAUUGGCCAUCAUGGACCUCCUUUCCUACCAUGCCCUUAUCAAUGUUCACUGUCAAAGUACACCAUGGAGAAGCUGUUGAAUUCCUUGUUCUCAUGGCCAACGAUCUGGAGAAAGUAGUGUCUAAAUUCAGGUCGCAUUUCAGCUAGGGAGAUGACUACCUUCCUCCCUAAGCAUUCUUAGUCUGCAACUAAUGGUCUUACCUCUUUUCUUUUAUUUUUUGUGAACAGCAACUAAUGUCUUACCUUUGCAUUUUAAUUUUCUUUCCAACAGCAACAUUUCAGUAUGUUGUAAGGAAAUGGUCAAUCAAGAUGUCAUUCAAGUAAAUCAAAACUUUCAUACUAGGAUAUGGCAUAUGUUUAUUUGAGCAGAAUGGAUAUAAAACAAUGUUACAAUU